AUGUUAAAGUCUAAAGAAAGUAAAGAAGCUGAAAUUUAUGAAUGUUUAAGUAGAGAUGGUACAUCUUAUCUUAAAUAAUUAAGAAUCUUUCAUUAUAAAUGAUAUAAAAAAUCUAGGUCCAUGGCAUAAAUAUGGAGGUAGUAUACAUUAAGAACUUUAAAGAAUAUCCUAAUUACAAUUAGGAAAAUCGAUAUCAGAACAUCAUAAUGAUAAGAUGAUUAAUUCCACCAGAUCAAUCUUUAAAAUGCAAUCAGGUAGAAGGUUUUCAUAAGACAUUAUUAAACAAACAUAAUUUUCCCUUGAUGAAAAAUUUGUUAAAUCAACAUCUAUACAACAAGAGUCAAAAAGCAGAACACAAUUAUUUAAAUAGUUUAGAUCACCUAAACUUAAAGAUAGUUCUCUUAUAACUACUAAAUAGGAGGAAACUUAGACUAUUAAUAUUAAAUAGGAGAAAACUAAUGUAGGCUUUUUUGUUUAAUGCUAUCCAAAUAAAAACAAAUUUGAAAGAUCUAAAUUGUUUAAUUUUUAAACCUCGAAAGAAUACUUUGAAGUAAAAUAAUAUUUAUUAUUUAAGAGAAAAUUGCAUUGAAAAUGAUGUAUGGUCUUAAUAGAGAUUAAAUUGUUGAUACUAGUAAAACAGCUAAUUCAAAUCAAAUAUUUAUUAAAUAAUCAGAAUAACAAGGAAGGAAUUCAUAAUCAAGAGGAGCUCCUAAAACAGUAGGCAGAAACUAUUUUUAUAAGAAAGAACUCAAAUUUCAUAGCAAUAAUGUUUCUCAAAUAAAUCUUAAUAAAACAAUCAAUAACUCUAUUAAUUCCUUAUUAAAUCAACCAUAAAAUAUUAGUAAGACAACAAUUCCAUUUCAUAAGAUUAUUAACAAAAAAACUGUUAUUUCAUUUGCAUCCUAAAAUUAAUUAUUGGAAAAGCAGUAUUAGUAAUCACAACUUUAAUAUAAUAAAAUAUAAAGGAUGGUUAGCAGUUGA